UACAGAGUUCUGACAGUUGUCAAUGCCGUCAAGUUGGCAGCCCUUUUAUUUAUUUACACUUUUACCUACAGCAUGGCCUCCACGGAGAAUCCGUGUUUUUGGAACGAAUUUGAAUUAAAAAAGCCACCGCUAGUGACACUGCAAGUGGGGGACACGGGAUUCGCCAAACAUGUCUAUGUGGAUAUCAACAGGUUCCUCCUGCAACAGGGCGGAGAGCAGGAGUCAAAGGAAUUCGACGAGACGGCGGCGUUAAUUGGACGUCUAAUGGCCCGCCGGAAGAACUCGUUCCGAAAUAUGCCCGGUUUCCGGGCUGUCUGCAAACUAAAUGCGGCACUGUGUCGGCUGCUCCGCUUGGACUUGCCCAGGGAUCUGGAACAGUUUCGCGGCACUCUGCCGGAUGUGUGUGACGGAGAUUCCGCUGGGGUGUUGCCCACGCGCAGCAGCUUAGAGUUUAUUCUUGUGCGGCUUCUGGGAUUUUAUCAUCUCCACGAACGGAUCAGGGAAUGCUGCAUCAGUGCAGUCACCUAUUUCACCCAGCUCCUGCGAAAUAAUUUCUUCAUGGAGUUUGUUACCCUUCUGGUGGCAACUAUUGCCAAGAUCAACAAGCUGAGCAUACUUCAGGCGAAUCGCAGUGCCGAUCUCUACAACAGAUUGAGGCCACAAGUAAUCAAUUUUCCGGAGGUGGAAAAACACCGAUUCCUGAAGGACAACCAGGAAUUGCCUGAAGAAUUGCAUUCUCCUAGGAUUACUAAGGAGGUUGCCACACCAACCACUGCUCCCGUUCUAAUGAAACCGAGGAAAGUCGUGACUAGAGUGGAAAGAGCCAAAUCCGAUGUGGGCACAGUGAUUGCCCGAGAGGAACACAGUAGUUCACUCAAAUCAGUUAAGACUAAAUUCAAUGCAACGGAAGUGCUGGCCACCGUUGAGGAUGCCAAACGGUUUAUUGCCCGCGAAACCAAAUCCAGGAAGCAGAAUCCUCUGCCAGAAAACUGUCUGACAGCGCUGAUCACCAAGCAUGAGUGGCUGGCGGCGCAGACCCUGUUCCAGCGUAAGUUAAGCAAGGAUCCAGCCAAAGCCUUAGAUGUAUUUCGCAAGUUUAUUAUUAGCAAAAUAAAGUAGAGGCUAAAGAACAAGGCUUACGUUCCAAUUUAAAGACAGGUCACCAUGCCGUCCACCAGCUGCAAACGCUUGAGACCCACAACGCGACGCUGAGGAUGCGGAUUGCAAGUCUAUGAAGAGAAUGAAAUUGAUUAUAAAAUGAUCCUUAAAUAGAAAACCCAACACUUUA